UGUUUCCUCUCUCUCUCUCUCUCUCUCUCUCUCUCCACCGAUCCUAGCUGUUCUCAGUCCCUAAACCCUCCCCUGUCUCCACCGCCGGCCCACCCAGUCUCCGCCUCUCCUUCUCCACCACGUCUCCGCCACUCCGCCGUUCAAACCCACCUCUUCUUUUCCUUUCAAAACCACCACCCUUCACGGACGAAGACAGAGAGAUCAACCUGUAGUUUGGGAGUACAAAGUGCUAAGUACCCCCAAAAUCAAAUAGGUGGUUGUUUUUUCUAGUUUCUACUAUAAAAACCCAACAUAAAUAUAUAUAUAACCUCAAGCAUAGUCUAGCUCUAGCCCCUAUUGGAACAUGACCAAAUUGCAAAGCUGACAAGGUUGUAAGAAAAGCCGACCAAGCUCAACUUUUGACGACCACCUUCGAGUGAGGAAACUGUAUCUGGGACUGUGAAGUCUAAGUAAAGUGAACUAUCAAUACUCAGAUUGGGUGACAAAGAAAAGUAACUCCCUACAUCUUCCCAACAAUUCCAAUUAGGAAAAAGCACUUCCCCCCCUUAUCUAUGGGUCUGAAGCUUACACCAAAAAGUUCCUGUUUAUUCAUCCUAGUCCUUUAUUGAGAGAGCUAUAUGCUAUAGUUCUCACUGCAUUGCAUCUGAGACAAAAAUUGACUUCAUUUAUUUACCAAAAAUGACAGAAAUCUUCAGUUACACGGCUUACAGACAGUUAUCUCAGAUGUUCCUCUCGAUAAUUUUCUUUCACAGUUCUGAAUACAUUUUAGCACUCGCCGUUCAUGGGAAAUCAAAUGUUAAUCUUAAGUCUCUUCUGAUUAGCCCAAGUUAUCUUGCAGCAAUGUUCUUUUCUUUGCUGGAGUACUUAAUUGAAAUUGUGUUAUUUCCUGGGAUGAAGGAAUACUGGUGGAUUAGUAACUUGGGCCUUGUAAUGGUUAUAGUUGGCGAAAUAAUAAGGAAAGCAGCAAUUAUUACUGCUGGUUAUUCAUUCACACAUCUUAUUAGGACCAAUCGUGAGGAGAAUCACAGAUUGAUUACUCAUGGAAUCUAUAGAUUUAUCCGACAUCCUGCAUAUUGUGGUUUCUUCAUUUGGUCAGUUGGUACUCAGAUAAUGCUUUGUAAUCCCAUAUCGACAAUUGGAUUUACAAUUGUUGUUUGGCGCUUCUUUGCACAACGGAUUCCAUAUGAAGAGUAUUUCUUGAGGCAAUUUUUUGGUUCGAGUUAUGAUGAAUAUGCCCGAGGUGUUCCUUCCGGGGUGCCAUUUGUAAAGUGAGGAUCUGAUGUUCUGUGGGCUGGGUUUGCCAGGGUGCCAUUUAGAAAGUGAGGAUCUGUAGAUUCUGUGGUCUGGGUUGCAUUUAGCUUCUUGUUUCAUGGAAGCACUCGAAUUUUCCUUGAAGCUGAACUGAUCAAUGGUUUGCAAGAUUGACCAAGUUAUUUACUUCCUGUAUUGCAGCUUUAUGCUUGGUAGUAAUUCUGAAGCUAGAUUCUUGUAAUUAUUGUUCAUGUUGGGAGAAAGACACAAAACUUGUCUUCAGGAAUUAGGAGUUAGGAAUAUUAAAUUUUUUAUUUUGUUCCCAUCAAACAUGCCUCUAAGUAUGCAUAAUAUAUCAUACGGUUAAAGUUUAGUAAACUUUUGAUUGACUAA